GCCAUUUCCCAAUCCAUCCAUCGAAUCCACGUGCUCCAUCGCGUCGUACGUCAGUUGAGGAAGCUUCUGUGGGCCAGCGCGCGUGCUUUGUGGUUGCAUAUUUGCGUAUAUGGACUGUGCGGCGGCGGCGGCGGCGAUCUACCGGCUGCCGGAGGAGUGCGUGGCGCACGCGAUCGCGAUGACGACGCCGGGGGACGCGCUCAGCUCCUCGGCCGUGUCCCCGGCGUUCCGGGCCGCGGCCGACUCCGACGCCGUCUGGGACUGCUUCCUGCCGCGCGACCAUGCCGCCGUGCUCACCCGCGCCGACGACGAUGACUGCCGCGAGUGCUCCAUGUCCAAGAAGGAGCUGUUCACGCGCCUCUGCAGCCGCCCGGUCCUCCUCGACGGCGCCACCAUGAGCUUCGGGCUGGACAGGCGGAGCGGCGCCAAAUGCUGGAUGCUGUCGGCGAGGGCGCUGAGCAUCGUGUGGGGCGACGACCCCUCCUGCUGGACGUGGACUGCCGACCUUCCCGGAUCACGGUUUCCUGAGGUGGCCGAGCUUGUGGACGUGUGCUGGCUGGAGAUCACGGGGAAGCUACAGCUCUCCCUGCUCACCCCACAGACCACCUACGCAGCCUACCUCGUCUACGCCAUCGCCGACGACUCCUACGGCCUCGAGUGCAACAUUGGCAUCCUGCCACCCAAGGGCACGGUCACCGUCGUCGUCUCCGGCAGCGGUACCAAGCCGACAUCGACCGCGGUGUCCACGUCGACAGAGAACACUAUCUGCCUGCAGCACAUGCAGGGGGAGGAGGAGACGGCGAUGCACCGACGGAGGCAGGAGUACGUGCGGCCACGGAAGAACUACGGGUGGAAGCUGGUCAGGGAGGCCGACAUGGACAUCAGGUGCCCGCGGCGGAGAGGGGACGACGGGUGGACGGAGGUCGAGCUGGGCGAGUUCGCCGUGGACGACGAGGAGGACGGGGUGGUGGAGGUGAGCCUCAAGGAGGUGGAAUGCCGGCGGUGGAAGAGAGGGCUCAUCGUGCAGGGCAUCGAGAUAAGGCCCAAGCACACGAACUAAUUAACCGAUUGGUUUGCUUCGGGGAAAAAGUGCGUGCUGAUGCUGAAAUGAUAUAUUAGUGCAGGAACUAAUGCUGAAAUGAUCGACGGAUCAUGCAUACACCCGUCUUUACGUGGUUGCAUGCAAGGGCAGAGCACGAGUGUAUGCAUGCAUGCAAGAAGCAUAUAUGUGUGCCGGAUUAAGGCACAUGCAUGUGGACAUGUGUUGAUGCAUGGGGCCGGGGCAGUAGAGUUGUUGCCGUAGCCUGCAAAAUUUAAGCAAUUCAUCCUUUUUGUUGAUCACUGAACAAAUUAUUUAGAAAUGGUUCACGUAUUGAUAUUA